AACGAAGGCAACUGUUCCUGUGCACCUCGCCCCCUAUAAGCGCUCCUCCCGAAGCCCACCACCACACAUGCCACCUUCGCUUCUCCCCCUUCCCUUUCUUUGGUCAGUCCCAAACCCUAACAGCCCACCACCCUCCGCGACGAGGAGGCAGAGUGGGGCUUAAACCCUACCGCCCCCGAAGCCCAGCGGCGGCCAUGAAGACGCUGUGCCCCAAGCCCGGAAAGGGCGGCAAGAUCCACCCUUCGCCCGCCGAGGACCCCACCGCGGCGGCAUUCCGCCUCCUCCCGGCCGCCAUCCUCGUCCUCGUCGCCGGGCUGUGCCCCGAGGACCAGCGGGUGCUGGCCCACCUCGUCACGCGCUCGUUCCUGCUGGGCUGGGACACCAUCACGGCGCCGCCGCCGGAGCAGGCGCGCGGGGGCCCGCGUCGCAGGCGCGGCCACCCGCCCACCGUCGGGUGCCUGUGCUUCCAGUGCUACGGCAGCUUCUGGUCGCGGUGGGACUGCUCCCCGCAGCACGACCGCAUACACGCCGUCCUCGACGCCUUCGAGGAGCACCUCAACGCCGCCGAGUCCGCCGCCGCCGCCACCGCCACCCCUCCCUCCUCCAAGCGCCGCGACAAGGGAAAGCGCAGCAGGGCUCCUGCCGCUACUACACCUCCGCCACAGCCGCCGACGCGGGGCAGCCCCGAGUCCCAGGAGCCCCCAUCCGAGGUGGCGCAUGAACCCUCGGCGCCGCUCCUCCCUUCCUGCCCUUGUACCCCGCCACCACCGGCCCCCGCGGCGUGCCUCUCCGAGAACAAGGAGAAUGUCCCGGAAGAGACUGGCGCGGAGGCCAAAGCGGAGCAAUGCGGCGGCGAGGUGGCGGCGGAGGCCGAUGAAGAGAGGAAGCGCGGGUGGGCGGACGUGAUGGGCGGGGUGCUGAACCUGCGCCGCUGGGGGAUUUGGAGCCCCGCCGUGGAGAGCGGCGCCACCUAGGUGCGGCAGGCGGCCAAUGGCAUUCCUGUAAAUGCUGGGCCUGUCUAGGGUACUUUUGGCAAUAGAUCGGACUGCGCACGCAGCAGCAGAGGUAGAGAGAGAGAGAGAGAGAGAGAGAGAAGCGCUGGUAACUCUUUUCUCUCCUCUGUUGGGGGCAGGGAAAUGGUGAUCUGCAAGCGCGGGUAGCUACUGUAUUUUGUUGGUAAUUAUGGCAACUAAUGAUGGUGCAACUGCAACUGAAACAAGAUGGACAUCACUUGGUGCUUGAUAACUGUGUGGAUUCUGGUCUUGGCCAA